AUGAGGCGCGUCUCAGCUGAUAUUUCUUCAGACUCAUCAAACCAAGUCGAUGAAGUAAUCGGGAAUUCCGUGGGUAGACUCGAAGUGCUUACGCUUACUGACGGCCAUGGAUUGGGCUCUGUCGGUUUCGUUACUGCUACAGAUGGCCAUACACUAGGUGAUGAAGGACUUGCAACAGCUGUUGGCCAUAAAUCUUUUGGAGUUGUUUUGGAGACGGUCACUGAUGGCCAAACAUUCGGUGGCAACGGAGUUGCAGUUGCUGGAGGUAAUAUUUCCGGUCGUGAUGGAGUUGACACUGACACUGAUGGCCACACAAUCGGGGGCAGUGGAGUGGCUGUUGCAGUAGGCAUCCCUUCUGGUCGUGAUGGAGUUGAAACAGUCACUGAUGGCCACAAAUUCGGUAAUGAAGGACUUGCUGUAACCGUUGACCAUAUUGCGGGCGGUGUUAGCGUAGAAACAGUUUCCGAUGGCCAUACUUCUGGUUCUGUUGGCUUGGAGACAGUUAUUGAAGGCCAAACAUUUGGUGGUAAUGGAGUUGCCGUUGCAGUAGGCAUCCCUUCGGGUCGUGUUGGAGUUGACACCGUCACUGUAGGCCAUGGAUUAGAUGAUGAUGGAUUCGCUGUUACUGUUGACCAUAUAUCUGGUGGUGUUGGAGUUGUCACAGAUACCGAUGGCCAUGGACUAGGCGGUGAUGGACUUGCCGAAACCGAUGGCCACAUUUCUGGCGGAGUAGGCUUGGAAACAGUUACAGAAGGCCAAGCAUUUGGAGGCAACGGAGUUGCCGUUGCAGUAGGCAUUCCUUCGGGUCGUGUUGGAGAUGACACCGUCACUGUAGGCCACGGAUCAGAUGAUGAUGGAUUCGCUGUUACUGUUGACCAUAUAUCUGGUGGUGUUGGAGAUGUCACGGAUACCGAUGGCCAUGGACUAGGCGGUGAUGGACUUGCCGUAACCGAUGGCCACAUUUCUGGCGCAGUUGGCUUGGAAACAGUUACAGAAGGCCAAGCAUUGGGUGGUAACGGAGUUGCCGUUGCAGUAGGCAUACCUUCUGGUCGAGUUGGAGAUGACACUGUCACUGUUGGCCAUGGAUUAGAUGACGGUGGAUUUGCUGUUACUGUUGACCAUAUAUUUGGUGGUGUUGGAGAAGUCACGGACACCGAUGGCCAAGGACUAGCCGGUGAUGGACUUGGCGUGACCGUUGGCCACAAUUCUGGUGGAGUUGGCUUGGAAACAGUAACUGAAGGCCAAGCAUUUGGUGGCAUCGGAGUUGCUGUCGCAGUAGGCAUUCCUUCUGGUCGAGUUGGAGAUGACACUGUCACUGUUGGCCACAGAUCAGAUGAUGAUGGAUUCGCUGUUACAGUUGACCAAAUAUGUGGUGGCGUUGGAGUUGUUAUGGAUACCGAUGGCCACGGACUAGGCGAUGAUGGACUUGGCGUGACCGUUGGCCACAUUUCUGGCGCAGUUGGCUUGGAAACAGUUACUGAAGGCCAAGCAUUUGGUGGCAUCGGAGUUGCUGUCGCAGUAGGCAUUCCUUCUGGUCGAGUUGGAGAUGAGACUGUCACUGUUGGCCACAGAUCAGAUGAUGAUGGAUUUACUGUUACUGUUGACCAAAUAUCUGGUGGUGUUGGAGACUAG